CAAUUGUUCAGUGUGUUCACAGAGGAGGAAGCGCAUUCUGAUUAGACAGAAAAGAAGAUGAAUUUGAUUUUCUUCUUCGUCUUACAACUCACCCUUCUUCAUAUGGGAGGCAGCAAGUCACUCCAGGUUAUCAAGCCAAACGUUAUUGCUUUGGAGGUGGAUGGAGAUGCAAUGAUACAGAAGACUGAGGUUCCUUUACGCUGUGGGGAUGAGCUUGAGGGAACUGAGAUUCACUGGCGAUGGAACGGACAACACAUUCCCGCAACGGGUAACAACAUAGAAGUCACCAUCCAUGCCAUGCGGGGGGGCAACUUCACCUGCCACAGUGCAUCCGGAGAUGUUCUGAACCACACGUUAGUGCUGGUCAAACCAGUGGACUUUAAGAAGGCUAUUCUGGCAGGCCCUGACAAAGGUGAAAAAGAAUUCAUUACCUGCGUAGCAAGAAACUUCAGUGGCCCGUUUCAUUGUUCAUGGGAAUGGAAUUCAAUACGGAAAGGAGUUGUGGUGUCCUUCAAAGCUUUCCGGAACUCCCAGCUGAUCAACUGUACCCUGGACCCUAAUAACACUGGACUGACCUGCAAUGAACAGCAGUGUCCGUACUCUGAGGAGGUCACUCGUGUCAACCUCACCCUGCUGGUCCGCAACGAUUACCGCUUAGAGGAGCACCUAAAAGAGUUCUUCAUCCAUGAAAUCAUCAAACCAGACAAAGUGGACAUUGUGAAGACCGAGGACGAUGAGUUUGAGUGGGAAGUCCCCAAAACGUGGAACACGCCGUGCACUUUCUACCCGCUCCAAUAUGAAGUGAAAGUGCUUGCUCAUCGCAGGGACUGUGACCAUUCUGGAAACCAUUCAGAGCCCCACUACACCAACAAGACACACUAUAAAGUCACCUCCAAGAAGAGUUAUACUUUCUGUGUGCGGGCCCAGGAUUUCCUCACCAAUCAAGCCUGGAGCGAGUGGAGCCAACAUAAGGUCAACAAGCACAAGUCAGAGAAAUAAAGGUCUGGAAGAAAACAUUUCACUUCACCCUGUGAUUCUGAACCCUGUUUGUUUACUCAUCGCUUCUAUAUAUAAAACAUUCGUUCACCCAUAUCCACAUCAUUUUUAUACUUUAUAUCUACAAAAUAUCUGAAGAAUGUUAAUACACACUUUGUGUAGUUGACUGAAGAACUUAAUAUUCAAAAUGAAUAUUUUCAUAUGUUAUAUUUAAGAGGAAACUACUGUACUACUGUAUUUAUCCAGGAUAACUGUACACACUAUGUUAAUGAUGUAUUGUUGUAUGACAUUAAACUAACA